GGAACGAUCUCCUUCUCCCAGACCGCUUGUCUUCGCUUCUCCGCUGUAAGCCCAUUGAGCCUCGCAUGAUAUGAGAAGCGAGCCGAACGAACCUGACAACCGACUCUGUUUCAUCAUCGACUCCCAUUCGCUCAGAUGCUUGUUAUCCUCCUGCUUGCUUUUCGGAGGCAGGAACGAAGGCCGGGUUUUACUUCUGACCUUCUCAAACAUGCUCGGUCCUGUCGAGCGGUUUGGUCGAGAUGGGGUUUUGGGAGUCACGGGAGGCGGUCCGGGAGGCGAUGCUGGUAAUGGCAGUGGAGGAAUGGGUUGCGACGAUGAAGAAGCGGCAGGCAAAUGCCCAUUAGACUCGGGAGGUGGGGAGUGAAUAGACUGUCUAGAACCUGGGCGGGAAGAGCUAGCAUUGGUGGAAUGUGUCGGGGUGCGCUCAGCAAUAGUGGACAUCGAGACGGUCACGCGAUGCCCAGGUGGUUUGGAGGCGUCGAUGAGGACGUUGGGAUAUGAAUGGGUUUCGUGGAUGUCCAAGACCUGAGAGUCUUCUGGGACCUCUUGAUCUUGCGCUCCAACAACAACAUCGUCUUCCGCAGCGGUAGCUACGUGUCCGUCCGCAUCCGUUUGCUCUCCCAGAGAGAUCGAAGAGAAGUUUGCUUCUGACCCAUCGCCCUCGAUUGUGGAGUCGACUUCCGAAGCUGGGGACUGAGACCUGGUUCCGCUGAUGUCGAGCGUAGAUACGGAUUCAUCGAUUUCGAAGGAGUGAGGAGCCGAAUCAGCGUCUGAUUCAGUCGCCCAGGACGAUUCGCGACGAGCCAUCUCGGCCCUUAUGGCCUCUGGAGAGAAAUUAUACUCGAUGCGGUCCUCAUCGCUGUCUGCGAAAGCAUCGUCAAGGCCAAGGGAGGAGGAAGAAGACUCGAGGGGCAUGCCAGUGCCUUCGAAAUCGGGUAAGGACGACGUGACAUCACGCGGCGAUUGUGACCCAACGCGUCCGAUCAUGCGCGUUAGAGAGAACCGUGAUGAUUUCUGAGGUGUUCCUACUCCUUGCUGGCCACGAGUCCUCCCUCUUUCCGUCAGGGCCGGUCCUCCAUCCGAAUUUCGCCCCGCUUCUUCAUCCGGGCGAGCAGCAAUGUUUGGAAUCACUUGCAGUCAUUGCCUGGCGAUACAGGCGCAUAUCAGCAGCAUGUAACCGACUUUUGGGAAACCCGUCACGCUACGUCACUACCGUAGCAGCUACUCUGACACAAUUCUUGAAAUCUGAAUACCAAGCGCUUGUUGUGGACACGGAGGCGAAGGUUCUCUUGAGAGAUCCAGAUCUCGUAGCGAGCGGGUCUUUUGUUCCACUCUCCUCUAUACGAGCGAUAUUCUCGCCAUGGGACGCCCCGUUCGCGGUCUUGAUCGCACUUGUCGAACAACUCGAGAAUGAAAAGACGUGGAGGCCUGGGCCUCUCAUCGAUCUCUUGCUCACAAGAGCGCACACUGGAGUACAGAGAAUAUCUCAGAUCAUGUCUUCGCUGGCCAUUGCCGUUCAACGAGUGUGGAGAACUCAGCUCGGUG